AUGAAUCAGGCACGACCUCAUACAACUAUCCAGGGAAUGCCGAAUGUUGCAACUGGAAAUAACGCUUUACCGCCUGGCGGAAUUCCUAUGAAAAUGAUGCCUCAAGCUGGUCUCCAGCAAACUGUGAGCGCGCGGCCCGGAAUUCCUCUCCCUGCAAAUACGGAUAGUGCUCGCAUUAUCCGUGAAGCCAACCGUCUCCAGGAACAGCAGCGCCUCGUACAGUCGCGACAGCAACAGCAGCACCAAUACCAUGGUCAGCAGUCCUUUGUGCAGCAGGCUCCUCAUCCAUCUCCGACGUUGAAUAUCCAAGGUAGCAAUUCUGCUCCUAAUAAUACUGCUAUGAUUGGCGCUUUUCAAGCUGCAAGCGGCGUGGGGAGUCCUUUCUUUCCACGCUCCGGCCCUGGCCCAAGGGUAUCUCUACCGCCUCCCCUCGUAUGA